GCACUGGGAUGGGUGGGAAAUGGAUGGAUGGCAGUGGGAAGUGCAGGCGUUAGGAUGAUCAUAGGUGCCGGGAUGGAGGGACAAUGGGAUGGUGGUGGGCAGCAGGGAAGAGCUGGGCACUGGAACAUGGUGGUAUCAGGGUAGCAGCGAGCACACGGUUGGGUAGGCAGUGGGUUGGUGGUGGGCAUCGGGGUGGUUGGGCAUUGGGUUGCUUACUGGGAUGGGUGGGCAUUAGGAUGGUGAUGGGCACCAGUACAUGCAGACACUGGGAUUAUGGUGGGCACUGGGAUGGAAUGACAUUAGAAGGGUGGUGGGUAACGGGGCACGUGCAUUAGGAUGGUCAUGGGCACUGGGAAGGGUUGUGCAGCGGGAUGGUGGCAGACAGCUGGAUAUUUGGGCAUUAGGAUGCUGUUCCUUACUGAAACUGACAGACACUAGGAUGGUGAUGAGUGCUGAGAUACGUGAGCAUCGGGAUGAUGGUUGGCAGUGGAAUGGGGGAACCUUAGGGCAAUGGUGUUCACUGGGAUGAGUUGGCAACAGAAUGGUGGCCACUGGCACUUGUGGUUAUUAGGGUGGUUACGGACAGUGCAACAGUGGGCACCAGGGCAGGUGUGUUUUAGGCCACUGUCACUUCCUGGGAUGAAUGAGCAUUGGAAUUAUGGUGGGCACUGGGACAAGCCGACAUUAGAACAGUGGUGGCAUUAGGAUAAGUAGCGGGCAAUGGGACAGCACUGGACAUCAGGAUGGAUGGGUACCAGAAGGAUGACACGCAGGCAGCAGGAUUAUGGCUGGCAUGGGGAUGGUGAUGGACACUGGGACACGCGGGCUUCAGGAUGGUGGGCACUGGGACGGGCGUGCGCUAAGGACAAUGUGGGGGCAAACACAGCCAGCACCCUGCACCCAGCCCCAGGCUGCUUCAAGCUCUGUGCUGUGGCAGCCAUAUCAAUAAUUGAGGCCGGUGGCGCUGCCCUGGCCUUCCCCCACCCCGUCCCUGGGCAGGUGCCAGCAGGUGGGCCGGCUCUGCUUUCCACCCAGUCACAGCACAGAUGCCGUCACGUGGGCACAGGUCAGCCUUUAAGGUGGGCAGGCAGGCAGCAGAGCACAUCGUCACCUGCAGCCAUGAGCAUCCCCAUCGCCAAGUCCUUCUACGACCUCAGCGCCACCUCCUUGCAGGGGGAGAAGGUGGACUUCAACGUCUUCCGCGGGCGGGUGGUCCUCAUCGAGAACGUGGCGUCGCUCUGAGGCACCACGGUGCGGGACUACACCCAGCUCAACCAGCUGCAGGCACACUACCCGCGGCGGCUGGUGGUGCUGGGCUUCCCCUGCAACCAGUUCGGCUACCAGGAGAACGGCACCAACGAGGAGAUCCUCAACUGCCUCAAGCACGUGCGGCCAGGGGGCGGCUUCGAGCCCAACUUCACCCUGUUCCAGAAGUGCCAGGUGAAUGGGAAGGACACCCACCCCGUCUUUGCCUACCUGAAGGCCCACCUGCCCGCCCCCGUGGAUGAGGCAGACCACCUGAUGGCCGAGCCCCGCUUCCUGGUGUGGAGCCCUGUGCGGCGCUCUGACAUCUCCUGGAACUUUGAGAAGUUCCUGGUGGGGCCCGAGGGGGAACCUUUCCGUCGCUACAGCCCUCGCCUGCCCACUGCCCAGAUAGAGCCCGAUAUCCAGCGCCUCCUUAAGCUGGCCAAGUAGGGCCGUACCCCCCCCCAGAUAGCCCCCGUCCUCUGCCAGGUGAUGGCCCCCUCCGAAACCCCCAUGGGGAGGGGGUCUGAUGGGGUGGAGGGCUGGGGCCGCUGGGAUGGGGCUGGCGGCAAUAAAUGAGCUGGAGGCAGCAUCCAAGCCCCCUUGUUUGUGCCCCCCUUCCUGGUUUUUGAGACACCGAGCACAUGGGAUGCAGGAAGUAGUUGUGCACAAUGGAACAGUGCCAAAGCGUGGUGGCAGCUCCAUUAUAGGAAGAGAGGGGGAGAGGUGAAAGCAAUUUCUGCAGCCUCACAGUGAAGGUGUGCCACCCCGCCCUGCCCACAACAGGAAUGAGUGCCCCCAGAGGGGCACAGCAGGCAGAGUGAGGCAACAGCCUUAGAAGGGCUUUGGGUGGGUGGGGAGGGAGUUGGGAGCAGAGCAAGCACUGGGAGGUGGGGCACAGGAGAAUGACAUCACCCCCAGCCUGUUCCCACCAAGGGGGGGAACGAAUACAGAGUGCUUCUGCAUGCAGCUCUGAGCUGUACCAAAUUCACCUUUAUUGCUCGCACUCCUCAGGCAGCUGCGCUGCACAGAACCGUUUCAGGGUGCCAAUAGGCUGCCCGUCCCCAUUCCCUCCCCCCCCCCUUCUUUUCACCAGCACAACGCGGUCUCAGGUCAGGGCUGAAGCCCCCCCCACCCAGGGUU